AAACGUUGCUGCCGCCAUCUCAGCGUUGGGCGGAAGCACGAAUGAUUAGACCGAGAGGCGAUUGAGCGAAGGCGGCGCGAUGCCGUUGGUGUUGCUCUGCGGGCUGCCGGGCAGCGGCAAGAGCCGGCGCGCCGAAGAGCUGCGUGCUGCUUUGGUCUCUGAAGGCGAACGGCGCGUCUUCGUGGUGUCCGAGGCGGACGUGGCCGGAGGCCGGGCUGCCUUGCGGGCGGCGGCCGAGCGGCUGCUGAACCAGCGGGACGUAGUAAUCGUCGACGCCGGCAGCGAGCUGAAGAGCUUCCGCUACGAGCUAUACUGCCUCAGCAAGCACGCGGGGACCCCGCACUGCCUGGUGCUCUGCCCGGGAGGGAGCGCGCUCCCCGACCGCCCCCCUUUGGAGCCGCCGGACUCGCAAAACCGCUGGGACUGGCCUCUCUUCCUGGCGCCCCAAGACCCCGCCGAGCCCCUGCCGCUGCCCGAGAUCCGCGCUGCCGUCUUGGAGCGGCGCCCGCCUCCUCCCAACCAGUCCACGCGCUCCCAGCCGCUCCAAGCCGCCGGCUUCCUUCACCAACUCGACCGCCUGACCCAAGAGGUGCUGUCCGCCGUGGUGGCUGCUCAGAGGAACGGCGCCCAAAUCGGACAGUUCAUUCCGGUGGCGGUGGAUGGGCUAGCAGCAAGCGACCGAGAGCCUCCGGGUUUGCUGCUUAACAGGCCGGUCAGCUUGGCUGAGCUGAGCCGCCUGCGAAGGCAGUUCCUCAGUUAUGCCAAGAUGCACCCGGGAGAAGGCGAACAAAAUCUGCCCCAACUGGGCGGCAUGUUUCUUCAGUACCUGAAUCAAAACCUGCAGUGAGUUCAGCAGGUUCCUCUGACUAGCAAGCGUUGGCCCUGCGCUGUGUAUGGAGGAUGGACUUAGGCAGGACGCUUCGUUUUGAUCUACUUUUUGCUAUUUAAUUUUGGACAGGAAUUCUAUAACUUGCCGAAUUUAUAGACUGCUUUCCAAACUGUUUGAUGAAAACCGAUGAAGACAUGUUUUAAAUAAUGUUUUUCAGUAUACAUCUAUUUAUAUUUGAAUUGCAUUUGUCAUUAUUUUUAUACUGUGCCUUGUUUAAAGACGUUCAUUGGUAGACUUCAACAUUCAUAGUGAUUCCCAUGAGGUGAAUUGGCAGAAAUAGAGUGACUGAAUUGAAGUUCAUAAAUUCAACUUUCUAAUCAAAGAUUUGGUGCAAUCCUGAAGUGUGUUUAUCAAAUACAUUUGGACUUAAUAGAACUAAAAAAGUUUACAUAAAGAACACUAUAUUGUGCUUAUAAUAUUUGUCUCUCUGUGAGAUUAACUUAUUAAAGAGCUGCAAGUUUGGAUUGAUCUUGACUGAGCUGCAUCCAUGAGUUGCUUUUUACUGGAUAAGGCCCACUUGAAGUCUAUCAAGAUCCUUCUGGAUCUUCCCUUUAAAAGCUUUUUACAAAAUUAUAUAUGUGUGUAUAUAGUGCUACAUAGCUUCAAUAUCAAUACUAACUUGGGAUUUAGUUCUAAGUUUUAGCUUAAUCUUUCUCAAGCUAUUAUUAAAUGUGUGGAGCUGAGUGUGAUUAAGCAAAACAACUAUUUUAAUGUUCAUUUCUUAGUAAAGAGAAUGGGUGCUUUGGUACAUGGUAAUUAAAUGAGUUUUAAAUAUCUUAACAAAUUCAUAUAUUACAAACCUUAUUGUCAUGAUGCCAUUCCUCAUCUAGUUUUAACUGAAUGAAGCAGAAGUCACUGAACAAUCAAAAUAGAUUCUAUCUUUUUAAAACCAAAUGCAGUAAGAAUGUUCAUGAAAAUCUAUACAGUACUGUAGGGAAGUUGUCAUGGAAAUACUGGUUGCUAUACCUAGAACAUAGAAGCAUUGUGGUGAUCUCACAUUCUUAAAUGAGGAGAAUCUCAAGUUGUGCUAUUGAGUGUAGUAAAUAAAUCCCAAGUGUUCGGUACAAGCAGCCUUCAGAGAAAAUCAUCAGAUGUAUAUUCUGUAUUAAAUUUGGCAGCAAUACAGCCACAUUAUGGGAACAUUUUCAAACAAAAGAUCUUGCCCAUUUUCUUACCAUAAUUAUAUAUCUGCAGUAUUUGUUUACUUGUUCAAAAAAUCUAUUUGUUUAUAAGUUGGACAGUAUAGUUUGCCCAAAUUUAUAGAUUUUAAUUCUGCAGGUUACAGCAUGACAACACAUUAAUGAAGAAAAGUUUUGGUCUGUAUUGGCCCCAGAAUGUAUAAGCAAGACUCACAGAAGCUAAUGGGGUAAUAAAUUUUUAGCUUUUACAAUCCUACACUUCUAUUUUUUAUUUAUUUUGCCAUCAUGAUAUAACAAUUUCAGAGAUCUGGCUGUCAGUAAAUUACAGACAGAGACUAUCUUCAUUGUACUAAUUUUAUAAAGACUUGUCUGCACAUUGUGUAGGAUUCUGCAGCAUGUUGUAGAAAAUCCACACAUGAAACAUCUUGAUUAUUGAUCCUCAUUGUGAAAUUGAUAUAAAGCAAAACACUUAGCCAGGAAAGAGGAGGAACUUAAAAUUUUUAUAUUAAAUUUGUGACCGAGUUCUAUUGUUUUUGCUAUUAGUACUAGUAAUAGUAUAAAGAUUUUAAUCAGCUUCCAAACUAUACCUUGAAAAUGUAGGGAAGGCUGAGAGUAAAGGCAUUAAGUUUCCCCUAGCUGCAUAUGCUAUAUAGUACGUGGCACUGAUUUCUGCAGAGAUGGGGAUCUGCAGAGGUGAGGAUGGGGCUUUUGUGUACCGGUAUGUACUUUUCCAGGGAUGAAGGCUUACACUGUAGACUUUUGCUUUUAAAUAUUCUGCCUGGUGGAGUAGUUACUUCCCAAGUUUUGUAUCAGUAUUUUCCUCUCCUCUGUGCCCUGGUCCAAAAAAUAAAGGAAAUGUUUGAAGGCUACAUAUAAUGUAGAAUGUGUGUGCAUGUGCACACAUGGUAUACAGU